AUGGCACCGGAGACGCUUCCUUUAGAGCUGGAGGAAGAAAUACUCAUUAGGGUUCCAGCUUUAUCUCUCGUUCGCUUCAGAAUCGUUUGUAAACAAUGGAACGCUCUUUUCAACAAUAAGAGAUUUGUCAACAAUCACUUGGCUCGUCCAAGUCCUGAAUUCAUCAUAACGACGAAAUCCAAACUUUAUUACGUAAGCGUCAAUCUCGACAACGAUCCAGAUAUUCCCGGUUUAGAAACUCGUAAAAACUCAAUGGUCCAUCAUUGUGAUGGCUUAUUGCUUUGUACUCGGGACAAUGGAGCUACUGUUUGGAACCCGUGGUUGAGUCAAACUAGACUUAUCGAGUCUAAGACUCAACUGUAUAGCUUCGUCUAUGGCCUAGGAUACGAUAGUAGUGGACCCGAAAAGAAUUACAAGAUCGUUGGGAUUGUUUAUGUUCAGCAACGUUGGAGAGUUGGCAUCUACCAGUUUGCAACAAGUGAGUGGAAGUAUAUUGAUGCUUGUUUUGAAGAAAAGCCCAUGAAAAUAUUAGGUCACCCAUACUCUAAUGUUUCAUUGAAUGGAAAUUUAUAUUGGAUUGCUAAUGAUGAUACCACACGUGAAUAUUUCAUCCAAAGUUUCGAUUGUUCCAAGGAGAUGUUCAGGCGUUUUUGCAUACUACCGUGCCAAGGACGUUAUCUAGAUAAUCAUGCCCUAGCAGUUUUCAAGGGAGAUCGGUUUUCGUUGUUAGAACAAUGCGAUAGAACAAGGAGGAUUCAGAUUUGGGUCACAGAGAAUAAAGUUGAUGAUAGUGGAGAUGUGGUGUGGAUUAAGCUCAUGACUGUCUCAACACCGAGCUGUCCAAUGUUAUCUAAAGUCUCUUCUCCAAGUUACUUCGUCGAUAGUAGUAUAUAUGGAAAGAGCUUGGUCAUUUGUUGUAUCGAUGAAUGUCUUCAGGCUUGCAUCUUUAUAGCGAGGGAAGAUCUUUGUAGAAAGAUUAAACUGAAGUCUGUGGUUGGUCAGUUUUUUCACUCUCUUUGUGUUUCUAGUUUGAUCCCCAUUCCUUGGGAAAGUUCAGAUCAGGAGAACAAAAAGGGUUUAGGAUGUUUAAAGGGGGGUUAUUGGGAGAUGAAGUUCAAAGAAUUUUUAAAAUUUUAA